UGGAGAUCAAACGGCGGAAUUCGCCUGCUUCCACAGAGUGAACCGGGCUGCGAAUUGCGUGCACAACAUCGACUGGGAUUGGAAAUUUUUCCAUCCAACGCUCCACCUCACCGAUCCCACAACGGGUCUGAGAUUCAAAAAAAAAGCCUCUGAACGCCGCUAAAGCCUUUAACAACUAUUAGCAAUGGGACUUUCUCGUGAUGGAUAUUUGCAGGGGAGAAUAUAAGUGGUAUACAAGUCUGUCGCCAUGAGUUUAGUCGGAGGCUUUCCCCACCACCCGGUGAUGCAUCAUGACGGCUAUUCCUUCGCUGCCGCAGCCGCUGCCAGUCGCUGUCACGAAGAACCCCCCUAUUUUCACGGGUGGCUUAUCAGCCACCCGGAGAUGUCUCCUCCAGACUAUAGCAUGGCACCCUCCUACAGCCCCGAAUACUCGGCGGGAGCCCCGGGGCUCGAUCACUCGCACUACGGAGGAGUACCGGGGGCCGGCGCCGUUGGAAUGGGACCCCGACCGGUGAAACGUAGACCCACGGCAAACCGAAAGGAGAGGCGCAGGACUCAGAGCAUCAACAGCGCCUUUGCAGAACUCAGGGAAUGCAUUCCCAACGUGCCCGCGGACACGAAGCUGUCCAAAAUAAAAACCCUUCGUUUGGCUACCAGUUACAUUGCUUACCUUAUGGACAUUCUGGACAAAGACGAACAGAACGGGGAAGCAGAGGCCUUCAAAGCGGAAUUCAAAAAGACAGACGCCAAAGAAGAAAGGCGAAAGAAAGAAAUGAACGACGUUUUGAAAAAUUCAGGGAGCAGCAAUGACAAGAAAACUAAAGGGAGAACUGGUUGGCCGCAGCAUGUGUGGGCACUGGAACUGAAACAAUGAGACUAAUUCAAAAGACACGAAAUGAGGCCCUCUGAACUCAUUUUUAGUUGUUCUCUCACUUUAUUUAAUGGAAUAUUUAUGUGCAAUUUCCCGCUACGGACAGUGGAUAUUUGAGGAAAAACCAUUCCAUUUUAGAAGGAGGAUACUCUCUUGGUAAGAGAUUGCGUGUUGCUGUCUGAUAUUGGUUUAUUAUUGUUUGUUUUCUUGUCCCAUUGUGAAUCGAAAUGAGAUGCCUGCCACUAAGGAGUUACACGUGAAGUUCUGUCUCGUUCUGUCUCUCUAUCACUUCCAGUAUCUAUCCCUGUCUCUCUCUCUUCUUUAAUUACGAGGAAGGUUAGUCGAUGUUACAAUAUAGUAAAUGUUUUAUUUGAAAAUGUCAUGAAGUGUUAUAAUGUUAUUUUGUGGUCGUACAAUGCCGGUGUCUGAAACAACUGUCGAGUCCACCCAGUGCACUUCCGUCCAGAGACACAAAAUCUAAAUAAUAUUGGAGAUGUAAACAAUGUAAUUAAUUCAAUAAACCACUGUGUUUUUAACAACC